GUCACAAAAUGUUCAGAUGCUUGAAAUUUGAGCUGCACGAAGAGAAGGAGGCAUGAAGAGAAGGAGUGUCCAAAGGGAAAAGGAAAAGACACCACAAGGAAGCACAAAGAUCAGCUGAAUAUUGGAAAACUGUCUGUGUUCACUUGCAGUCAGUCAUUGUUGUGCAUGUGAAUGGUUAACAGGAAAGUUGUGGCCGUAUGCCUGGAGUGCUUUGGUUGAAGGUAGUGAAAUACUGCAAAUGACUUCCCCCUCGUUCAAAGGUUGCUGAAGCUCAGGCAGAAGUAAACAGAGCUCACUACAGACUGCAAGGUCAGGACUGCCAGAGGCUACUUCAACAACUGGACUGUUCUACUCCAAGAUGGAGCGUGCCUCUUUCCCACCACUGUCCAGAGUUGCCAUUUGUGGUGGGACUCACGGCAAUGAGAUGACAGGGGUGUACAUCGUGAAGGAGAUGCAGAAAAAAAAGGUGGAUAAAAUGGGAUCUGUUUCUAUAACCACCGUCCUGUCAAAUCCACGAGCCGUGGAGACUUGCAGAAGAUAUGGAGAGGUGGAUCUCAACCGCUGCUUCACAAGCGCCUUGCUGAGUUCCCCGAUAACAGAUUCAACUACGUACGAGCUGAGGCGAGCUCAGGAGCUGAACUCUCAGCUGGGGCCCAAAGGAAGUAUCGAGGCCGUGGAUAUGCUCAUAGACCUCCACAACACAACUGCCAACAUGGGCCUGUGCUUCAUCUUCUGCUCUGUAGACUGGAUCAACCUUCACAUUUACAAAUACAUACAGAGUAAAAUGACUUCUGUACCUGUGAAAGCAAUCCACGUUAACCUAUCCUCCUCCGACGCUUAUUCCUUGGAGUCAGUGGGCAAGCAUGGCUUUGCGUUAGAAGUGGGUCCUCAACCACACGGCGUGGUCAGGGCUGAUAUCUUUAACAUGGCUAAAGAGGCAGUUGAUCUCACAAUAGAAUGGCUUCAAAAGUUUAAUUCCGGAUGUAGUUUUGAGGGGGGUGAAGUGGAAACAUUCACAUAUGUAAAGAGUGUCGACUACCCAAGAGACCCUGAUGAUGAAAUUACUGCUGCCGUACACCCUGAGCUACAGGAUAAAGACUUUGAGCUUGUGCGGCCAGGAGAUUCCCUGUUCCUGUCAUUUUCUGGGGAGACGGUGAAGUACGAGGGAGAGCCCCUUUACGCUUUCUUUGUGAACGAGUGCGCCUACUAUGAAAAGAAGAUUGCUUUCCAUCUAGCCCGAAAGAACACUUACACUUUACCAUCCAUCUCUGUGAAGAAGGUUUGAAUGAACAGAGGACCAAAGCAGGACCGGAAGAAAAAGCACAACAGUAAUGUGAUUUUCUAGUCCCAGUUGCAGGUUGCAGUUAUAGGGCCUGCGAACAAAUGAACAACUCUGAGUGAAUCUUAUGUGUGAAACAGAUGAGUGAUACUAAAGGCCUCCUCCUAGAUUAAAUUUUUUAAAUGAACCUGACAAAAUUCUGUUUUAACAUGUAGCGUUUGAAUGAAGACAUGAACUGGUUUGAUUGUCAGUUCAACUAAAUAUAAUUAAAACUGAAUGCCAGUGGAUCUGCUCAAUUGCCAGUAAAUGCAAUUUUAGUCACAAAAUAAAACUGUCAGAGCCAAAGUAAUGUUUUUCUUUAUCUUUAAAAAAAAAACACAUCAUAGUUGUCUACGUGAAUAGAUUCCCAUCAUAAAAAUUCUUUUGUGAAAUUUCCACCUUGACAGAAUGUACCAGGACCAGUCAUAACAGGGCAGGGUUGAGCUUUAUGCAAUGGCUCGAAGAGGAGCGUCCAAAAACCACGACG